CUGCCCCGCGGGGAUCGACGGGCUUUGAUGGCCCCGGGGCUCGGGGCUCUUCCCCGCUUAGAUUUCUGGGGGAUCAGCCCUGCUGCCCCCAGGCCCAGCAGCCCUGGGACCGUCACCCCACAGUGCGGAGCCCGGGUGCCCCCAGCAGAGAGCGGGGCCGGGCUAAAGCCAGGGCGCGUUCUCCGUACCGAGACCUCGGGGGAAAUUUCACCGAGCCCCGUCUCACCUGUUUCCUUCCCCAGAGCAGGAGUCCCCGUCCCGGCCGGGAUCCCCCGCAUGGAGCCAGGGGAAGAGCCGCGGGUCCCGGAUCUCCAGGGCUCCCAGGAACGGGAGACCCCCAGAGGCGCCCCCACAGCAGGUGCCGGGAUGGCGAGUGGGAACUUUGAGGAGAUCCCUCAGCGGGAAGGGACUGUGGGAGCAGAGCUGCCCAGGACGUCCCAGAGCCCCAAGCAGGAAGAUACUGAUGAGGCUCUCCAUUGCCAUUCUGCCCCCCCAGCAGGGAAACUGAGUCAAUCCAGAGCUGGUGUCGAAGCUGAAUAUGACAUGAUGUCUCGGAGAACCCAGGCCAGAGAGAGAGCGAAUACGUGCCCCGAGUGCGGGAAAAGCUUCCCUUGGAGCUCCCGGCUUCUCCGACACCAGAGAUCCCACACUGGGGAGCGCCCCUACCAGUGCCCUGACUGUGGGAAGGGCUUCGUCGAGAGCUCAGCCCUGAUCCAGCACCAGCGUACCCACACCGGGGAGCGCCCUUACAGCUGCGGUGUGUGCGGGAAGAGUUUUGGCCUGAGCUCCCACCUGAUCCGCCACCAGCACACCCACACGGGGGAGCGCCCCUACCAAUGCCCCGACUGUGGGAAGGGCUUCCUGCGGCGCUCCCAGCUCACCCUGCACUGCCGGACCCACACAGGAGAGAGACCCUAUAAAUGCCCUGACUGCGGGAAGGGCUUCAGCGAGAACCGCAACCUGCACCGGCACCAGCGCAGCCACACGGGGGAGCGGCCCUACAAGUGCUCUGACUGCGGGAAGGGCUUUGCUCAGAGCUGCCACCUCCUGCAGCACCAGCGCACCCACACAGGUGAGCGGCCCUACAGGUGCUCCUGCGGGAGGGGUUUUGUCCGGAGCUCCCAGCUGAUCCGGCACCGGACGGUUCAUACAGGGGAGAAACCAUACAAAUCCCCCAUGGGCGACACUCUGACCAUCUGCCCCGACUGCGGGAAGAGCUUCCGCCAGUACUCGUACCUGGUCACCCACCGGCGCGUCCACACCGGGGAGCGGCCCUACAGCUGCGCCCAGUGCGGCCGGGGCUUCUCCCAGCACUCCAGCCUCAUCCGGCACCGGCGCACCCACACGGGCGAGAGACCCUACCGGUGCCCCGACUGCGGCAAGGCCUUCGCCCUCAGCGCCUCCCUCCUGACCCACCAGCGCACCCACACCGGGGAGCGCCCCUACAGCUGCGCCCAGUGCGGAAGGGGGUUCAGCCAGCGCUCGGCUCUGGUCACCCACCAGCGCACCCACACCGGGGAGAGACCCUACAAGUGCCCUGACUGCGGGAAGAGCUUUGCCAUCCGCUCCCACUGCACCGCUCACCAGAGGACCCACGGGGAUCCAGGUGGGGAGCCCCCCUACCGGUGCCCCCAGUGUGGGGAGGGCUUCCAGCUCCACACACGGUUCCUGCAUCACCGGCGCAGCCACGUGGGCGGCAAACCCCAUCGCUGCCCCGACUGUGGGAAAGGAUUCUCCCGCAGCUUCCUGCUCAAGACGCACCAGCGGAUCCAUACCGGAGAGCGGCCCUACCCCUGCCCCGACUGCGGGCGCCGCUUCCGGCAGAGCUCCCACCUCACCCACCACCGGGCCACCCACACUGGAGAGCGGCCCUACCGCUGCAGUCACUGCGGGGACGCCUUCCCCUGCAGCUCGGAGCUCUACCUGCACUACCGCACCCACACCGGGGAGCGGCCCUACCAGUGCCACGACUGUGGGCGCAGCUAUACCACCAACGGCAGCCUGCGGCGGCACCGUGCCAGCCACGCCGUGGGCUAGGGCUGCAACCGUCUUGGCCCAUGGGCACCCUCCUGGGCAAGGGGCUGCAUCUUCCUGCCUCUAGGCAUGGCCUUUCUGGCUGUUUGUUGGAUGGCUUGUACUGGGGAAGAGAGCUAGGGAUGAGUUAUAGGGGCUAGCGGUGGAUCGUUCCAGGAGAGAGAAGGAACACAGGGAGGGAUCGAUGGGUCAUACAGGUCUAGAGCUGGGUCAUACCUGUUAGAAUGUGAAAAGCAGCUCCACUCCAUCUUCCCCUGGUCCUGAUGAUGAGGUUUUCAAAAUGAUCUGAAGUGUGCGUGUAUUUUUCCAAGCACCUUGAAAUAGAGCGUGAGUGUAUAAUUCUGUUUUUAGAUGCAGAUCUGUGUUCUGGGGCUCCAUAUAACAAUCAGCCGACCCACAAAUUGUGCUGGCAGGGGGUGCAAUGUUGAUAGGCACUGGCGGAGGUUAUCAGGUGACAAUGGCAGACCUCCUUAGUGCCACUUAUGGAGUAGAGAGAGCCGCCGAGAAAGGAAGCGAUCGCCACGAGACAUGGCGGGUCAGAGCUGAGCUGGUUGCAAACACGAGCACUAGGAGAUCAGCUUGGGUUGGAGUCAGCAAGUCAAGAGAAGGUGGGAGAAUGAUCCUGAGAGAGAGCAGAGACAGAGCUUCUUGGUCACAGAGCCCACUGGAGGGGCAAAGGUGGCGAUUGUGCUGUGGGGAAACUGCCGGCUGUUUCUUUUCUGCGGUGUAUAGGGAAACGGUCCUGUGGGCAUUCUUUGUAAAUAAACGCCAUCACAGCUGGAAUAGA